AAAAAUUUGUGAAAGACUGUGCAAUAAGUCCAUCCAUGAAAUUUCCUUGCUACUAAAUAUUCCACGCUCAACUGUUAGUGGUAUUAUCGCAAAGUGGAAGCAACUGGGAACAACAGCAAAUCAGCAAUAAAGUGGUAGGCCACGUAAAAUGACAGAGUGAGGUCAACGCAUGCUGAAGCACACAAUGCGCAGAAGUCACCAACUGUCUGCAGAGUCAAUAGCUAAAGAUCUCCAAACUUCCUAUGGCCUUCAGACUGCCACAACAACAGUGUGUAGAAAGCUUCAUGGAAUGGGUUUCCAUGGCCGAGCAGCUGCAUCAAAGCCUCACAUCACCAAAUGCAAAGCGUCGUAUUCAGUGGUGUAAAGCACACCACCACUAGACUCUUG